AUGGCAGCAAAGGCAGAAAAGAAGCCCGCCGAGAAAAAGCCAACAGAGGAGAAGAAGACAGCGGUAGCCGGGAAGGCCCUGGCGGAGAAGAAGCCCAAGGCUGGGAAGAAGGUCCUAAAUAAGGACGGCGGCGAGAAGAAGAAGAAGAAGACGAAGAAGAGUGUGGAGACGUACAAGAUCUACAUCUUCAAGGUCCUGAUGACAAAGAGAUUUGUGGGAAAACUUGUUCAUCCAUCAAUGAUUAGAGAGGGCAUUAUAUAG